ACUUCCGAGGCUAUCGUUUAAAGAACGUCAUGGCAGUGAUUUGGGGGAUCAAAGUUCCGGAGAAACAGGUAGACUCUGUGAUCAGAAAAUGAUAAAUGGGGCACCGCAGACGCGGAUAUCAGUUUACGCACUCAAUUUUUUCCACACGUGUAUGUAAAGUGUUGUUAGUAACACCAGAAAUGGCAAAAUCUACCAUAUGACGUGAAAUCUAUAGGCCUAUUUGUUGUGUGGAUAUUUUAUUUUCUAUUAUCUUGAACCCUGAGGAGGUAAAUUAUUGAAGAAACGUGUGUGAAGUAUUAUACUGACAUAGUUUUGGUCCUCUUUCCCUCAGAAAUCGGACAAACGUGAUACUGGAUUCAGAUAAUUCGAAUUUCCUCGACAAGUAAGCUGUGUGGCUAUUACUAUACGUGCAGUAGAGGCCCGAGAAGGAACUUCGUCGUUGACAGCUGGUUGACAGUGUGGUUAUUCUGUGCCUGUUUUUGCUUGGACUGUAUUGCAUUGAAAACACAAAUAGCUGUAUUGUUGAAAAAAAUCGUUGAUGAACACUUUUAUCACUGCCAGAUAAUAUAUGCCAUGCUAAGUGUUGGAACUUUCAAGAAUAGUGCACUAAAACUGACAAAAUAAUUUGACUUGUCUAUAGCUAUACUUAUAUUCAACUUUUAGAAAUAUAUGUAGAGAAGUUCAAACAAUACCUAGGACAUAAUGUCUAAGUCCCAUAAUGAAAUAACGUACAAGCUAGUCGUGGUCGGCGAUGGUGGUGUGGGAAAAUCCGCGUUGACAAUCCAGUUUUUCCAAAAGCUGUUUGUGGAAGACUAUGAUCCAACCAUUGAGGACUCCUACAUUCAGCAUACAAACAUAGAUGGGAAACCCUGUGUUCUCGAUGUGCUGGACACUGCGGGACAGGAGGAGUUUAGUGCUAUGAGAGAACAAUAUAUGAGGAAGGGGGAUGGAUUUUUGCUGGUGUUUUCCGUCACUGAUGCCCACAGCUUUCAGAACAUCCAGAAUUUCCAUACACAGAUUCUCAGGGUCAAGGAUAGGGAUACCUAUCCCAUGAUUCUUGUAGCAAACAAAGUUGAUCUCGUGCAACAACGGAAGGUCACCGAGGAGGAUGGAAAAAAUCUGGCAACAAGAUUGAAUAUUCCUUACAUUGAGACCAGUGCCAAGGACCCUCCCAUUAAUGUAGAUUUAGCUUUCCAUGAAGUUGUCAGGGUCAUUAGACAGCAGCCUUUUGAUCCCAAACAACACCGCCGGAGGAAAACCAGGGGUAGGAAGUGCAACAUUCUGUGAUUCAUCAGGACGGCCUCCGGAGACUGUGGAAUAUUCCCCGGGAUGUUGCUGUAGCCACCAGAGAUUUAUAAUGUUAAUUGUAACCUCAGCAUACUUGCAGAGAGAAGAUUUAUGUGCACUUGUUGGACCAAUGACAAAGGAUACAAUUUUCUAGUUUAUAGGUUGUAUUAGACAUAUUGCUGUUUUACAAUGCAUUCUAGUCAGUAUUCAUUUUCCUUUUUAGUCUGUUUCUUAUUGUCAAUGUGUCCUUUAAGUUGCAUUGUUUAACCUUAAGAUAGAUAAAUGUAAUCACCCCUUGUUGAAUAGAUAAAAACUUGCACACACUUUUGCUGGACAAAAAAACCCCUGUUAUUUUGAUGGCAUAUAUUUAGUGAUGUACAGACCCCACCCCCCACCCACUGUACAUCUUUUAGGUAUUUGAAGACAUAUACAUUCCAUGAUUAGUUCAUUCCCAAAUGUAUGAUAUCCUUUAUUUAUUCGGAUGAAAUCGGCAGUGUAUUGUUGUAUUUUGGAUGAAAUCGGCAGUGUAUUGUUGUAUUUUGGAUGAAAUCGGCAGUGUAUUGUUGUAUCUCAUACUGUUGAGCAAGUUGGAAUAGCAUGUCCUGAUUCAGAUAAUAUUACUCUGUACCUCACAUGUUCAAGAAAAUUUCAAAUUUCCUAUGUUGUGCAGAGACUGGAAACUACAUUAGAAUUUUCAAUUUGAGAGAGAGAGAGUAGCAUUUCAAACAGUUAAUGACCAGGAAUGUGUUAUGGUUGGCAGAUCUGCUUAUCUUUGUGUAAACCACUUAUUCAUAAAAUUUAAUGAAUCCAAAGGUAGUCAUUUGAAUUUACAACAGAGGGCAUACUUUUUCACAAUCCAUAUCACAAAUUUUUUUUUCACAAAUAAACUGUGGCAUUGACAAAGAAGUUCUGUAGAAAAGGUUAUUAAUAGUACAUAAUGCUCAAGUAUAUCACAGUAAAAAAGAGCGUGCUCAAUUCAUAUCAUAAGGUGUCACCUAUUUAAUUGAUUUGAAGAAUUGCUUGGCAUUCUGCUUGUGCUUUUAAUGAGUCAGCGCGGACAGAUGGGCGUGGACAGUGCACAUAGAUAAUCUUACAUUCCAUGGUGUUCAGACUUUGGUAGAAUCUUUUGGAACAACAUUCCUUGAUACAGAUGCAAGCACAUGUACAAUAAGUUCAUGUUUAGUGAAUAUUUUGAGGAUAAAGUUGUUUGUGUUGAAUGUUAUUUUAACCGAAUUAUGAGGUUGUAAACAGUGUUGUACAUUGUAUUGGGUUGUAUGUGGUUUACAGUUUUUGAGUCCACGAAGCUCUGUGAUUUAUUUUCGUAUUAGAUAAUCAAAGUUCAGAAGUCCAGGUCGAUUUUUUUCUCAUUGUUUGUAAAAUUUCCUCACUGAUGAAAAUCAGAUGAAAGAUGCAGAUGUUUGUAGAACUAUUAUGUAAAUAUUGAUUGUACAAUGCAGUUUUGGUUUAAGUUUGGCGGAUUAGUAUUUUCUAUACAUGUAGUUUGUUAGCAGUUAAAGAACAAAACCAUAUAUGAUAUUUUAUAUUCUUUCACCUUGUUAUUGAAAGAACAUGUAUUUUAAACAGAGGUUUAUUAUGGACUUCACACAUUUAGUUGAAUUCCAAAAUAUGGGCAAUUUUUUUUUAAAAUCUACACUGUAGUGUAGGAAAAUACCAGAAUUUUAUUUGAAAAUGAUAUUGAAUGAAUUUGAUGUUAAAAUUUUUGUGAAUGUUAUCAAACCACAGUUAUACUGCAGGACAGUUGCCGUGGGUAACAAGACCACUUGUUUGGUUCCCGGUUUGUGGAAAUCCCCCAUGUAUGAUAUACAUGUACCACUAUUUUGAACAGUAAUUGUAAAUAUUGGUUGUUUGAUGAUAUAUUUAACACCAAAACAUUUGUUCUGUUUGUGAUUUUUUUUAAAGAGUUUAUAUGAUAUUAUUUUACAAAUAAGUUUAUGAAAAACAUUUCAAGAUUGUGUUAUCGGUAUAUAUAGAUGCAUGUUACUGCAUUGAAUUGUGCAUGGUACGUGCAAGUUUGGUAUAGUGCCAUUUCAUUGUUCUGGGUUGUAUUUUAAAAAAGAUUUUAGGUUGUCUGUUAUUCAUGGUGUCUCACUUCGACUUAAUGUCAGGAGAUGUUUGCGACUUAAUCAUGUGGUUGUAUGUUUUAAAGGGGCAUGGAAAUGACUUUUGAUCGAUUGAAAUUUACAGGUCAUUUUUAUUUUGUUAAAGAAAUGAAGAUGUUUUUUGCAUUAGAAAUAUUUUUACACUGGAUAUUCUUUGUAUUUACAUAAAAUCCAGCUCCCAGAAUUGUGUUUGUAAACACUGUCUAAAUCUUGGUCAAAAUUGUGUCCAUGCCCCUUUAUGGUCGUAUAUUGUUUUCAUCAAAAAAAAAAUUAUUCAUUGUAGAUGUUUUGUGUGGAAAUGCAUUAUGAUGUAAAAUGUAAUUGUGUUGGACAUUAUUUUUUUUUUCACCUCUUUUUUCACAAAUUACUGGGAAAUAUCUAACAUUUUGUGUACAUCACAGAUUUUGUAUUUCAUAAGAUGCAUAAGACUGUUUUAUAGUUUCUAUUAAAGGGACUGGUUCACGAUUUUUGAUAAAAAAUAUUUUUCAUUUUUGAUGUUAAACAUUAGAAAUAUAGUUGACAGCCAAAAUUUUGACCUUCUGAAUGCAAGAAUAAAUGUAAUAUUUUAGCCUUAAAUAUGUGUUAUGUAAACAAAGACUCGAGUCUUUUUAUGUAAACAAACAAACAAGUGAACUAUUGAUUUUGUAAUAUAAUGCAUCUUAAUUUUGCAUAGUCACAAAUUUUAACUUUUAGAUGACACAUUUCACCCCAAAAAUGCUUUGAAAUGUGAGAGAUAUGAUAAUACUUAGAUCGAUAUCCAUUUCUUUUGAAAAAAUCGUAAGCAAUAGAAUACCGCAAUCUUUGUUUAAAAAACAAAUAAUAAACUCUCUAAAAUGAGCUUCUGUGAUGAUGUAUCACCUUAAUUUUCAUGUGAAAUCUUUCAAACACAUUAGAAAGUAGAUUUUGAUCAUUAAAAGUGAAAAACAAAAUUUUGGGUGAAAUCGUGAAUCAGUCCCUUUAAUAUUCAUGUUUUGUUUUAUCAAUUUUAAUCGUUGAGGUUGCAUUCUGAUAUGGUUGUUAAAGAUAGGUUGUUUGGUGCUUUAUAAGGAAUUUGUUUAAAGGUUGUAGCAAUGUCAAGAUUCCAGCUGUUUUUGUUGUAUGAAUGUAUUUGUGUAUCAGGAUAAUUUGAAUCUAUGUUCUCCUCUGUUACUGCUGAAACUGAGAAUCAUCUUCAGUAACUUUUGAUUUGUUAAAUUUUCACACAAGUUUCUGUGAAAUCAUAAGUUUCAACUCGUAUAGUUACUAUGUUUUUAAACUUUGUGUAAAUGAAUAAAUGAUCAAUUUUGAAA